CUUUUUUCUUCUUGUCUUUCGGUUCCCCCCUUGGAAGGGUGAAAUACAAGAGCGUUUUGGUGCAGCAUGAGUGGUGCGGGUGAUGACAGAUGGCGAGGUGGCCGUGGGUAUGACCAUGGCCGUCCACAGGGCCAGCGACAUCAUAGUGGGGGAUAUCGAGACCGUCAGAGCGGCUCACACCAGCAGGACCGUCAUGGACACCGAAACCAGAUGAAUAACAACAUGACCGCUACUGCAGCAUGGACAGGGCCUCCGGGCGGCCCCUCGCGUGAACCCCAUAUUCCUGUUCGAGGAUUCAAUUCCGUCGAGUUGAAGGACGCUCUGAGGAAAGAUUACAAGAAGGGAGGACAGGGUGAACCCCAGCCAGUGAUCUAUAGACCCACCGGCAAAGAUGGCAACCCGGUUCGACCUAGUGGACCAUGGGGUUCAAAGCCAAAUUCCAUGGCCAACGGCAAGGAUUUCUUCCUUGAACUGCGAAAGCAGAUAUCUGGGCUCCAGCAGUCUAACGUCCAGGGCGGCUAGGGAUGCUUGAAGGAUCGGGG